AUGUCGUUAACCACAAGUCCUGGAAUUCUGAGUCCAUCCGAUAUUGACAGUGUAUUCUACGAUCUCAGGCCAAUCCAACCUGAGCAAUUAGUAGGGAAAUGGGAUGGCAUUGUCCUACCCACUAGGCACCCAUUCGAAAAGGAGCUUGAAAAGUUCGACUGGUUUGGCCAAACCUUUGUUUCGACUGAGGAUGUGGCUCCCAUUGUCGUUUCCAGAAAUGGAAGGCCGGUUGAAUAUCAAAAUUGGGGACGCACUUCGUUACAUGAGGUCAAAUACCAGGGCGCCGUCUCUACUGCGCUGAUCUAUGAUGACCAUCCUGUGAUGUUGUACUAUCGAGCUGUGCGCCCAAACAUAGUGGCAGGCAUCAUGGAAAGCAAGAAGUUCGACCGAUCUGGGAGGUUUUAUUUCUAUCUCAAGCGUAAAUGA